CUACACAUAUAUGCAAAUUAUUUAAUUUUAUUUCCCUCACUCCAUCACCCUGUAAACUGCUGCUAGCCUUCAUUUAAAUUGAAAUUGUUGUACUAUGUUCUAUGUUUCAUGUUAUUUGGUUAAAUGUUAUAUGUUAUUUAUUUUUAUGUUGUACUUCCCGUCAGGUCAUAAGAAAACUACUGCUCUGAUGACACUAAGCUAUUUGGUGCAUGUGAACAUAACCUUUGAUUUUGAUUUGAUUUGAAACAUUAGAAAACAAUGUGUAGAAACUAACAAGAGGAGGUCAUCAGGAACAAAACCUCUGGGUCCAGGACCCUGGAGUUUUCUGAAGUUGUUGACAUGUUGUUGGAGAGUUUAAUGAGAUUCAUGGAGGGUGAAGCAGUCUGAUAAGAAGCCAGCAUGCAGCCCUCCACUGUCUGUGCCUCUGGAGUCUGUGAGUGAAUCUCCUACAGGCCACAGGCUCCUGAACUCCUCUCAGGGAGACUUGUUACAGGAUCUUUAUGAACGGCUGUUGUAUGAUCUGCACCUGUUACUGAUUCACUCUGUUUUUCAGAAGCCUGAUGGAUGAUGAAGUCAAUGUAACGUUUAUAACUUUCGAUGGACAUGUGGAGGUGCAGAAAUACAGAUAUGUGUAUUUUGUGGUCAUGUUUGCAUUAUAUAUUAUAAUAAUCUGUUGGAAUUCCACAAUUGUGCAUCUUAUUGUGAUUCAUGAAAACCUCCAUGAGCCGAUGUACAUCUUCAUUGCAGCUUUGUUAAUCAACUCUAUACUUUACAGCACAACAAUCUACCCCAAGCUUUUGAUCGACUUCUUAUCUGAAGAACAGAUCACGACUUUCCCACUUUGUCUCUUUCAAUCUGCUGUGUAUUACACUAUGACCACGUCAGAGUUUCUAUUGUUGUCGGCCAUGGCUUAUGACAGAUAUGUGUCCAUAUGUAAACCUCUGCAAUAUCCAACCAUCAUGAGGAAGACAACUGUAAAAGUCUUUCUCUUCACAGCUUGGUUUGUUCCUGUUUGUGAACUUGGAAUAUCAGUUGUAUUGUAUAUUAAUGUAAAGAUCUGUCACAACAGACUGAAAGGCCUCUUCUGCAACACGUCCAUUUUCACACUUCAAUGUGUGCCCUCAGUGGCUCUGUCCAUUUAUGGAGUGUUUCUGUUAGUGAAUAUUUGUCUCCUCCCGAUGCUCUUCAUACUUUUUACAUACAUCAGGAUACUCAUCGUCACUAACAGAGGGUUUAAAACAACGAGGACAAAAGCUCUACAGACCUGUUUACCUCACUUGCUGGUUCUUAUCAACCUUUCCUGUUUUGUUGCAUAUGACUGUUUUAUAGUUCGUUUGGAAACAGAUAUACCAAAACUUGCCCAUAUGUUAUUGACAUUACAAAUAAUGGUGUAUCAUCCUCUUCUUAAUCCAUUUAUAUACGGACUGAAAAUGAAAGAAAUCUCCAAACACCUCAAACAUUUGUUGUUCCAGGUCGAAUCCCAUUAAACUAUCCUCACUGUGAUCUGAUGUCAGGUCUUUUACCUGCAGUGAUGAUGAGAUGUACCAGCUUCAUUAACACCAUCCAACAGCAACUUUACAGGGAGUCAUAUUAGUGUCACUGUAUUUGUAUUGAGUCAGUUCCUAAAGGUCACAAGACGAGGAUCAAUAUUUCAGAAGUUGUAAACUGUACGGUGUUGAAAGUCAGUGUUUCAAAUACUAACAUCUUUAAAUAAAGUAGAAUA